AUGGCCGAAGAUGCAGCGUCUACGCAGCUGAAGGAUCUUGGUAAUGCGCGGUUCAAGGCUAGGAAAUUCUUCGAAGCCGCUAGUCUCUACAAGCAGGCAGAAGAUCUCAAGCCUUCAGAUUCUGUCUUUCCAUCCAACCUUAGCGCCGCCCUAUAUGAGAUCGCGGAUUACGAGGGGUGCUUCCGCGCGAUCUUGCGCUCAUGGUCUGCACUCUGCGCAACAAAGAACGAACGUUCUAAUGAGACACUUGCAUUGCGACUCUCGACGCGUCUUGCGAAGACCAUGACCAAUGGGCUGGUUACAGGUGCACUGUCUGACGCGAUGGGCGAAGUGGAAAACGGCCCUCAGGCUGUCGCGAGCCUACGAGAACAGGCAGAUGUCUGCAUGGAAGCAUCAGCCGAAGCUCGGUCUCAAGCAAUCAAGGCUUGGCAGGACUGGGACACCGUGUUUGCGGAGUCUAUGCGUGUCGGCGACGCAGAAAAGCGGCGAGCUCAGACCGAUGUCGCUAGGUUGCCCGUCACAAAACAAUAUUUCGAAGGCAAUAUCAUGGAGUACUACAUGAUGGGACACGAUGAUCCUUUCUCGAUCGUCGACGAUUACGGCGCAGGGAAGAGAUCGCCUCUUCACCUAGAGAAGCUCUCGGAAGAGAAGCUGUCGAAGUUAGCUUUCUUCUUCGGCGGUGUGGGUGACGCUCGCCACAUCUACGCGUCUAUCAUAGGAUUAGAGCGUGCCUUCGGAAAGCUUUCCGUGGCGCAACUCGCUCAAGCCAAGGCGCACUUCUCUCUGUCGGACGUACACCCGACCAUAUUCUGCCGCGACUUGAUUGUUCUUAUGUUGCUGCAUCGACUGGUUCAAGGGAAGCUGUCCAGCGAAGAAGCAUACGAGAUCAAGAUUGCCCUGCACUACACGUUCUGCUUGCACGUCGUUCCCAAGUCCGGACUCAAGUGGGUGACAGAAGUGAUCAGCGAACUGCGCGCAAUGUUCUCAGAGUCUCCUCCUACCACGCCAGACUGGCUCUAUGUACCAGAGGAUGCAGCGUUGAAGUUGUCCGCCAUCCUGAAUGCAUGGGACCCCUGGCCGUCAUCUCGAACAGCUGAGAACAUCAUCACUAUCUCUCACUACCGGCCUGGCCCCGGCGACGAAGAUGAGGGGCGGAGUGGCGUACCACGUCUGAGCACCUUCGGUAAACUACAGCGACAGAUGAAACAAGCCGCUGUGGACAAGUUACAGGACCUCCCCACCAGCAAGCGUGAAGCCCGUAAGAGUGCGCCUCCCGAGACAUCAACGCCACAACGCAUUGUCGAAGACCUCUGGUACAGAGUCACAGAUACGUUCGUUCCACCAAAGAGCAUGCUCGAGCAGCUUCCCGCAAGUAGUCGUCUGUGGAAGUACAUCAACGCGGCGAAACCCGUGAAGCAACCGCGCCGCGCACUGGAAAGUAUGAUUGACGCGGUCUUUCAGGAGACGUUCGACAACUACGGCGCUAACCGGACUUUCUUCGAUCCGAUAUCGUGCAGGACUCCGCGUCUGAACUUCGCUGGAUGGACAUACAUCCAAGAGGAUGACUACUUGCAGUACACUGUGCGCUACCUGGAGGGCGCCAACGCUCGUUUCCGCUUGAGUUCAAGCGCGGUAUGUCAAGACGAUGCCGCAGCAGCUGCGUUCGCGACGUCGUGCACGUUCUUUGAGUCGGUAGUCAAAGCUUGGAAGACGCUGGAGGGCAAGCUGACAUUGGAUAUACUUCUGGGAGAUAUGAACUCGCAGCUGGCUCUAACUCGAACGGCGGCAUCACGGAGACCGGCGCAUAUUCCCCCAGAGUACACUCGGAUGUGGCUCAGCAACGUGCCGGACUAUACGCAUGGUGUAAUGAACCAGGUUAUAUACGCGCUUCCCAGCCUGCAGCGCUUCAAACAAGCUGAGAUCGCCAGCAACUGUCUCUUACACGCCGGGUCAUUCAUGCUUGAUUCCGACGCCUACUGCUACACAUACGCUCUAUUGAAUCCAAGAGAGCUGUCUGCCUACCUGAACUGUGCUGUACGUGAGCUAAGGGCGUUUGAAGGUGUCGAGAAGAUUGGUUGGAACUCUGAAGAGCGCAAGAUAAAAUUCGAUGCUCUCCCUCCACGCGAGGACCUUGCACGAUGGCUCACCCGCCUGCUCAUGAACAUAGUGUGGCCGGUGGACCUGUCACAACCACAGAAGAUGACCCUCAUGGGCUCCGGUGUUCGCCAUACAAUGAACCUUAACGCAUUCGUCGCUUUACUGCUUCAUCUGCCGACCAUCGGCUAUCCCGCGCACUGGAUCUCCGACUUCACGCAGUCGCUGCUUUCCAACAACGUCUGGUCUGACAUGGACUUCUUUGCCGGUCCCCUCCCGGUGCCAACCGACUACUAUAAGUCGAAGCGUGUUGCGAAUCGCAGGUUGUGGGUCGCUCCCUGGGUCACGGAGCUCAGCACGAUCCUUUCUCUCGCCGCUCCUAUCCUGCCGUUCCCCUUGCCGCUCGUCUCCAAUACAGACGCCAUCGCCUUCUUCGAGGCAAACCCUCGCAUGACGCAGAUGAUGCUGGAGAGGAUGUAUGAGAUGGCAGCGAACGACACGCCCAAUAUGCACCUCAUGUUCUUGCAUCCGAGCGCGAUGCUGCACCACGCUAAGUACAUCGGCAACAUUCGCGCGGUCCUCGACGGCAGCGACCGCCCACCCGCAGGCCAGCUUGCGAUCCUGACUUCGCCUGAGCAGGUUGAUUGCAUGGGCAAUGUAGUGCGAUGGAGGAUGCGCGUCAAGGAUUACAAGAAGAUGUACGACGAGAAGUGGACGCUGAUACUCUACCGGUUCGACCGCAAUGUGCCAGUGGGAAAGCCGAUGCCUGUAGCCUCCUGGACAAAAGCGGAGGACAUCAGAUCCGCCGCCUGA